CUGAGAAGAAUGUAAAAUGGCGGCGUAGUACCAGCGCAAAAUGACCUUUCUUCAUCGCUUGAGAUUUAUAUCGUCAUCUUUCAAUUAUUUGGCUUUUCAGAGAAUUUCUUCCACACGUGGAGGAAUUUCUUCAGCCUGGCCUCUGGUAAAGCUCCCGAUGAGAUAUUUACGGCUAUGGGUUCCUAGUUUUAAAGCAGAAGUAGAUAUUACUGCUGACUCCUGGUCAAGUGGAAGAAAGUAUGUCAGUGGUUUUGAAGAUAUUGAGGAACUCCAUAAUGCCCCUGAAGAAGUAAAGAGAGUGUUUAGUCUUCAAAAUGCAAGUCAGUGGGAACACCGUAAAAUUGGUCUAGGAAAGAUGGAACAAAAAUAUGCAGAUAAAUAUGAACAAAAAAUUGCAAAGUUGACCAUUCAAAUUGAGGCAGUGAAAGCAAAUAAUAAUGAUGGAAGGAGAGGAAGAAAGGACAUAGGGAAUAAAGUAUUUCUUUCUUGGCUGAUUGCACAACGAAGAAAAAAACUACUGAACCUGAAAAACCUUCGUUUUGAGCGCUACCUGGAACUAAUAAAAGAACUUGACAUAGCUCCACUGGAGAGCCCGCACACAAAGUGGAACAAGUACAAGUUUAGGCAGUUUAAGAUGGGUGUAGAAAUCAAGGAGAAGAAGCGGCCAUACCUACGGCGUGUAUAACGAUGGAAAUAAACGAUAAAUUUUCGUUAUAACGUGUUCCUUUCAUUAACGAGGCGGGGGCAUCCAUGAAGACCCUUUACAAUUUGGAGUUAGAGGAAAUGAUAGAGAUCAUUUUUUGAUGGUUGAUAUACAAAAACGAAGUAAUCACAACGGGCGAUCAGAGCUAAGGUUGAUAUCACUAAGAGCCACUCAUUACUCAGAGUGAAUAAAAACUGGUGCGUUGGAAGACGCGCGUAAGCAAGA